AAUACUUUUCAACAAAUUUAAUUGCUAUAGUUCGUUUACUUUAUAGUAUAGUAAAGUAAUUCGCAAUAAACAGCUACAAAAUGAGUAUGAAUAUGUCGCUAAGAUACGAGGUGCCCAACCCUCGCGGGCAUUCAGUUUCAAAGCAAAAGAUUGAGAAAGACCGGAUUAUGAAAGAUGAAUUGAUGGCGGAAAGAAUUAAAGUGGUUCAAACUGAACUUGACGUGGGCCUGAAGGCUGCUUGGGCCGAAGGACUCGAGGAAGCGAGUACGAUAAAAAGGUACGACAUGAACAAAGAAGAAAAUGCGAGUCAGCUAUACAAAACGAAAAGAGCUCUUGUAUCCGUUCGGAGAGCCGCCUUGAAAAAAUUACUGGAGACGAAAUACGAACAGCAUGAGCGGGAAAUUCAUAAACAAGGAAUGGCAUUUUAUAAAAAACGGACAUGAUUUUAUGUGUGUUUUAUUUUAUUCGGGUAGGGUAGGAGAAACAAACACAUUAGAACACAACUGUGAGUCUUCCGCAGGGUUGUGGUGUCGGAAUCUUACAUUUUCGCUUAGGUUUAAAGUUUACGAAGACGAUAGAUCGCCAAAAAUUGUAACUUAUCGCAAGUUCACAUCCUUCAAAAUUAGGAGUCCAGAGUUUUCACGUAACCGCUGGUCGGUUACGACUUCCUCCAUCAUCAAGACCGUGCUUCCGAAACAAAUAAUUGGCUAACUAAUCCCAUACCCUACCUGGACUGGUUACCGGACGAAAGGCUGUGGUUCGUCAUAUGAUUAAGCUGUCUUUCCUCUCCCCCGGGAUAAAUAUGUAAAUCUCAUCCUAUCAACACAUAGGAACAUUGAGAGGCAUAUAACAUUAAAGCCAAACUUUUCAAACAAACUAAAAAGACAAUAAAUUCGCCAAGUUUUCGUUAUCAAUUUGAUUAUUUCGUAGUUAGAAGGGCCAGAAAAUUUCAUUUAAUCAAACCAGCAAUCGAAGUCAAACUUUUCCAACCCGAAGUUGUUGUUUUUUUCGACGAUUUGGUACUCUGAUGGAACUCUCGAUUCCACAAUCGAGAAGUACGGUAAUGAAUUACCAAAACGUAUGGCGGCAAUAUUAGUUUAUUAAUGUACGGUACCGCCUUGACGUCACGGCUGAUGGGUACGCACUUCGCGGAAGCUAAUUAUAAAAAUACGUGCUUUAUGAAUUGGAAGUGCCUCUCGCUUUAGUGAUAGCAAAAUAUUCUGACCAAUCUCUAUCGGUAUAUGUAUACGAAAACUUUUAGGCUCAUAGAAUUUUUUAAUAUGGAUAUAAAUGCAUAACACGGCCAAGACUUGUAAAAACAUAUUUGUGUAACUGAAUAAAAAGCACAAACAGGUAGAAGGUACAUGCAUGUGCUCAACAAAUUUACAUUUAUGAGCAUUUGUCAUCUGAGUUUAUUUAUAAGCUAUAAAGGUAAACCACAGAUGUGGAAUACACAAUUUCUGAAAAUUUGGAAAGAUUCAGUCACUUUAACCCAAAGAGAAGAAAAACCUAUGAGAUCAUCAGAUAAAAUGGGACUAAUCUAGCCUUGCUUAGUUAAAAUUUGGGUAAGGUACCCUUAUGUCCACAAACCAGUCGUGCAUUUCAGCAUUUCAUACUCGUUUACUUGGUCAAGCACUGUAGCCAAUGCCAACAGUAAAAACUCAAUAACUUCCUAGGUAUAAUACCAUACAGCAUGCUUUUCCUAGUCAUAAAUAUGAGGGGUAAAGCAGGGGCAGACUUUUAUAUACUUCCAAUGAGCACAACUGUGCAAAAUUGUAUUGAA